GUGAACGGCUGGGUAGCGUGAUAGUGUGUCCACCAAAGGGGUCUCAAGGUAUCUGAGUCUGAUAGCAGCCAGCUGGCACUUGGGCCUCCUUGAAGGACAAGGAGAGUUCUGCGAUCAACAGGUGGCCACUGCAAUUUGUAGGUUUUCCCCCGUAAGCCAUAAUUAUCAGAUGAAAACUAGGAAUGCAAGACUCGGGAUCCGGGUGCGGGGCUGGAGGAGAUUCUCGAGGCCAAGCUCUGCAUUGUGAAGAUCAGGCAUCUGAACUAAGAUAAGUCCGCCGGCUGGCCCAAGAAAUCGCUGUAAGGAGUAGUAAGGCAGCAGGCAAUCGUUCGUGCAAGCCAAAGGAAUCCAUGCCCUCCGAUGGGGAGGGGCUGCACUACCGGGCCAGGUUGCAGUCUUGGCUCAAGGUUGAAAUAAGAGAGACGUCCCCCACGGUUUCCAGUCUGCCUUCCCUGUGAGAGAUCCAUGACUCCUCAACACACCCCAUUCCCAGUGGCCCUCCAGCAUGUCCUGGUUUAGUGGCAUCCUGGUGCCCAAGGUGGAUGAGCGGAAGACUGCUUGGGGCGAGCGCAAUGGGCCCAAGCGCCAUCGCCCAGCACUUUGUGGCCCACGCUACAUGAGCUGCCUACAGGAUCCAGAGCUGGAGUGCGGAGGUAGUGGGGGGCUGGGGCUGAACUGUUCAUGGCAGGAGGACCACUACGGCAAGAAGCCGCAGCCGCCAUUGCCACCCGGGACUGGAGACCUGGGACUCAAAGCUGUGGAUCUGGGCUUUGAGGAUGGCAGCAGUCCAGGGAGUGAGGCCAAGGGACUCUCAGCAAGCGAUUGCAGCCGGCGCCUCCUGCAGGUGUUCCGUUCCAAGCGUUUCCGCUCCGCCAAGCUGGAGCGCCUCUAUCAGCGCUACUUCUUCCAGAUGAACCAGAGCUCGUUGACUGUGCUCAUGGGAGUCCUGGUGCUCGCCUGUGGCAUCAUGCUGCUGUUUCACUGUGUGCCUGGUGCCCCCCGUGUGCCCUACGCUUCCACUCUUGCUGUGGCGGCUACUCUCUUUUUGUCCCUCAUAGUCCUUUGCAACCGAACUGGCUUCCACCAGGACUGCAUGUGGGCCGUGAGCUACCUGGUCAUCGGGGUACUUUGUGGUGUGCAGGCCGUGGGCACCCUUCUGGUCUCGCCACGGAGUGCCUCUGAAGGGGUGUGGUGGAGUGUCUUCUUCAUCUACAUCAUCUACACUCUUCUGCCUGUGCGCAUGCGGGCAGCCGUCCUGGCUGGGGCUUUGCUUUCAGUGCUUCACCUGGUAAUCUCUUGGCAUCGAAACCAUAUGGACUCCUUCUUCUGGAAGCAGCUCAGUGCCAACAUUUUGAUCUUCCUUUGCACCAACAUUAUUGGCAUUUGUACCCACUACCCUGCCGAGGUGUCACAACGCCAGGCCUUUCAGGAGACACGGGGCUACAUCCAGGCACGACUGCACCUGCAACGUGAGAACCGUCAGCAGGAGCGGCUUCUACUGUCUGUGCUGCCGCAGCACGUGGCCAUGGAGAUGAAGGAAGAUAUCAACACCAAGAAGGAGGACAUGAUGUUCCAUAAGAUUUACAUCCAGAAACAUGACAAUGUCAGCAUCCUGUUUGCUGACAUUGAGGGUUUCACUAGCCUGGCAUCUCAGUGUACGGCACAGGAACUGGUUAUGACGCUAAAUGAACUCUUUGCACGUUUUGACAAACUGGCUGCGGAGAAUCACUGCCUCCGCAUCAAGAUCCUAGGUGAUUGCUACUACUGUGUCUCAGGGCUACCGGAACCACGGGCGGACCACGCCCACUGCUGUGUGGAGAUGGGCGUUGACAUGAUUGAGGCCAUUUCGCUGGUACGUGAGGUGACAGGUGUGAAUGUGAACAUGCGUGUUGGGAUCCACAGCGGGCGCGUGCAUUGUGGAGUCCUGGGGCUGCGCAAGUGGCAGUUCGAUGUCUGGUCCAAUGAUGUGACCUUGGCCAACCACAUGGAGGCUGGCGGAAAAGCUGGGCGGAUCCAUAUUACACGGGCAACACUGCAGUACCUGAAUGGGGACUAUGAAGUGGAACCUGGACAGGGGGGUGAGCGGAAUGCCUACCUUAAAGAACAUAACAUCGAGACCUUCUUCAUCGUGGGUUGCAGCCAGAAACGAAAAGAAGAGAAGGCCAUUUUAGCCAAGUUGCAGCGGGCCCAGGCCAACUCCACAGAGGGUCUGGUACCUCGUUGGGUGCCUGAGCGUUCAUUCCCCCGGACCAGGGACUCAAAGGCCUUUCGUCAGAUGGGGAUUGAUGACUCCAGUAAAGACAACCGAAGUACACAGGAAGCCUUGAACCCUGAAGAUGAGGUGGAUGAGUUUCUGGGCCGGGCCAUUGAUGCCCGAAGCAUUGACCAGCUGCGCAAGGAUCAUGUUAAACGCUUCUUGCUCACUUUCCAGAAACCAGAGUUGGAGAGAAAGUAUUCCAAGAAGGUGGACACUCGCUUUGGGGGCUACGUGGCUUGCACUGUGCUCGUCUUCUGCUUCAUUUGUUGUAUCCAGAUUGUCAUCUUCCCUCACUCCCCUCUGAUGCUCGCCGCCUACAUCAGCAUCUUCGUCACCCUGGCCACCAUCCUGUUUGUCUGCGCCAUCUACUCCUGCCUUGGCGUGAGUGACUCAGUUCAUUGGGACCCCUGUCCCUUUCCAGUCACUUUGCAGCAGCUGUCCCGCAAGAUCAUCCAGUCUCGAACCAACAGCACGAUCACUGGUGUGGCGGCAAUUCUGCUGGUCUUUGCCUCUGCCUUCAUCAACAUGUUUGCUUGCAGCCGGGUUCAGCUGCAGCACUGUGUUGCUGAUUUUCUGAACAUUACUCCACCUGCUGUGGGUCCCUGCCUUCUUCGUGCCCUCAACUACUCACUGGCAUCAGACAAUCCACCCUGCCAGGGACAUGGUGCUUCUAGCUGCAGCUUUCCUGAGUAUUUCACUUAUUCAGUGCUGCUGAGUCUGUUGGCGAGCUCCGUUUUCCUGCACAUCAGCAGCCUGGGGAAGCUGGCACUGCUGGUGGGGAUGGAGGCCGUGUACCUGGCCCUGGCAGCAGGCGCUCAGGGGAUGCUAUUUGACAACUACGACUUGCUGGUGGUUGCUAAUGCCUUGCCAACAGCUGUUAAUGAGACCCAGAAUGGCCAAGACUGCCAAACAGAAGGGAAGAUGGCCCUGCAGUACACGACUCCGGUCAUCCUGCUGCUUUUCGCCUUGGCCCUUUAUUUGCAUGCCCAGCAGGUGGAGUCUACUGCCCGUCUUGACUUUCUCUGGAAGCAACAGGCUACAAGUGAGAAAGAGGAGAUGGAAGAGCUGCAGGCCUAUAACCGCCGGCUGUUGCACAACAUCUUGCCGAAGGAUGUGGCUGCUCAUUUUCUGGCCCGUGAGCGCCUCAAUGAUGAGCUGUAUCACCAGUCGUGUGAGUGCGUCGCUGUCAUGUUUGCCUCCAUCAGCAACUUCUCAGAGUUCUAUGUGGAGCUGGAAGCCAACAAUGAGGGCGUUGAAUGUCUGCGAUUGCUCAAUGAAAUCAUUGCUGACUUUGAUGAGAUUAUCAGCGAGGACAAGUUCAGGCAGCUUGAGAAGAUCAAGACAAUAGGCAGUACCUAUAUGGCAGCUUCGGGGCUGAAUGACAGCACCUAUGACCGCGAGGGACGCUCCCAUAUUACAGCACUGGCAGACUACGCAAUGAGACUCAUGGAGCAGAUGAAAUACAUCAAUGAACAUUCUUUCAAUAACUUCCAAAUGAAAAUUGGGCUGAAUAUUGGGCCAGUGGUAGCUGGGGUGAUUGGAGCUCGGAAGCCGCAAUAUGACAUUUGGGGCAACACUGUCAAUGUCUCUAGCCGUAUGGACAGCACUGGUGUCCCCGACCGUAUUCAGGUGACCACUGAUCUUCAUCAGGUAUUGGCAGCCAAAGGUUAUCAGCUGGAGUGUCGUGGGGUCAUCAAGGUCAAAGGCAAAGGCGAAAUGACCACCUAUUUCCUGAACGGAGGUCCAUCUCUCAGUUAGCAAGAGCCUUUGCUAUGAAGGGACAUCACUGGCUGGGCUCAAGCAGCAGGGGGUGAUGUGGUUCUCUCUGCACCCUCUCUUCCCUCUCUCACUACUUGCUCCGGAUUUUAGAUAUACCCUUCAAAAAAGGGAAAACCCCUACAGCCUCAAAACAGGAUCUUUGAUGGUGUUGAAAAGAGGAAACAUGGGGGCGUCACUUUACCCCAUAAGAGACUUCUUUAUUUUUAAUUUAUUGGGAGCAAUGCCUAAUUUGGAGUGCCCCCUUUUGGGCCCAUGUGGGUGCUAUUUUAGGGGUAAGAAAGCAAACCCUUUAAUGUAAACUUUCUGCCUCUCCUGGGAUUGAACCAAAAAAAAAAAACCCAGUGAGGAGAGGUUGCAACAGAGGAUAAAUACCCCUUUUUCUAUUUCUGGAUCUAGAAAGCAGAUGCUUGGUUUUAUUAGGGAAGGUGGGUUUGGGGGCAGGGGAUAUUACUUUAUCCAGAAUUGGCUGGAUGCUUUUGAGAGGAACCCUUUCUCUUUUGUGGUGCCCUUUGCCAAGACUUCCAGAAAGUGCAGCAGCAGCGUUGUUCCAGUCGGGGAGGCGGCUUGCCCCCCCAAUGCAGUUCCAUUGUUGCCAUCUGCAGCACACUCACACUGACCCUCCCCCCCUCUCUCUCACUCACUGUGAAGUUCGGGAAUGUAUUUUUCCCCUGUUUUUUUGGGUUUUUUUGCAGGGGAGUGUUGUCAUUCGGGGUACAGUUAUCAUUUGCCAAAUUGCUUUGCCUGUUUGGAAUUUAAAGGACUUGUGACAAGUGCUGGGGUAUCCCAAGAAGUGAGAAUUGGGGUUGUGGUUUUGAUGCCAAAGAGAAGGCAGGGAAGGGUCCUAAUUCCCUUUACCUUCCCCUGCCAUCCCACCUCCCAUAUUAGUCAGGAGAAAAGUUAUCUUAACCUGCCUUAGGUGCCUGAAGUAGGGGGAAGAUGGUUCUAUGCGCAAGGGAACUUAAUGUCUUCUGUUGGCGUCCCAGUGAGGAAGAUGUUCCAGUUCUGUAACAGGAGCUCUCUCAUAGAAUUGGAAGACCAGGCAAGUUCCUUGGGCCUUUUCUACUAAGUGCCAAGUCAUCUCCCUUUGCUACUGUAAGUUUCUGCCAUGUUUCUCCACCACUGGGUUCAGACCCUUGGUCCUUUUGGCCACAUUUGCUGGGGUGUGGGAAUCUUCCCCAUGUUUUUCCUUCAGAAUCACUAUAGCUCUAGAAAAGCUGUUUGAGAGACAUGCUGUGCAGACUAGUCAUUGUCUCCCUCUCACGUCAGCUGAUGUGCUAACACACUGUUGGUUAGCAAUCGGGAAUGGGAGGCUGCCUGCUCCAAUGAAAGCUUGUUGUGGCUUCCUGCUUCGUAAGGCUCUCUAUCUCUUGUGACUUCCUAUGGGGGAGGGAUGGGAAAAGAAUUGCUCUCAUUUUGCUGACUUCCAGUGUGUAAGGUUGAAGGAGUGUUGGGGGUAAGGAUUGGGCAACUUGCCCCAGAACACUUGAUGGUUGGGCGAGGGCAACUGCAAGCAGUGAGUGGUCCCAGGACUCACAGUCACUUCACCAUCAGUAGCCUCCACUUGGUGGCAGGAGCUAUUGAGCUGUAGCCUCCACUUGGUGCCAUGAGUAUGGCCCAUGGCGGUGGGAGUAAGUGGAUCUGUGGCUACCCUUUUGAAAAUAUUCCAUUUGCUGAUUGCUGGCCUGGCUCUUAUAGAAGCCAGCAGACAUUUCAGGUGUCCUUACUUCUUAGGUUUUAAUUAUGUCAUCUUUCCCUUCCUAUUUUAUGGAGAGCAUGGGACUGUACGUGCUGUUUGGGCUCGGAUUCCUUUCCUCCAGAGACCUGAUCCCUAUUUACAUUUAACUCUGUCGCAGGUGCUCCCAUCUCCCAUCAACAGCUCUGGACUGAACUGGUUGGCAGCAUUUUAAAGGGAUGUAUACCAUUACCAUUGUUUGGUUUUGAUUCCAUUUAAUGCAAACACACCUCCAUAUCAAGUGGAAUUCCAUUAUCAGCCUGUACAGAUACUGGUAUGGAGAUUCCUUGAAAAUAUGCUUUCUUUUACUCAACUUAUGUCAAAAAGUGACAUGUAAUCAGGAGCAUUCAACCCAUGAAGAGGCAAGAAGGCUCAGUAGAGACUGACUUGAAACUAUGGAAAUGAAGGGAGAAAAAAGUGCUUUAAUGCAAAGGGGAGAAAGGAAGUUUUUUAAAGGGAGAACGCAAGUUUUGGAUUUUUUUUUAAGUUCUCAGUGGUUAAAAAAAGCUUUUAUUACUUUAUGUUUCUUGUUUUAAGUUAUGUUUUACUGGACAGAAACUGCCCCUGUGCAUAGCCUGUGUGGAUUAUUGAUGCCCCCUUGGGGAAGGCUAUGCAAAGAAGAGAAAAAUGAGAAGUUUUUUGAAAGUUUCCCCCCCCAAAAUCUCCCCAUUCCUUACAGGGCUAGUGCUAAAACAGCUUUAUUGUGUUUUGGGGUGGUGGUGUGUGAAUGGAAUGGGCGAUUAUGGCACUUAUUUGGUACUUUUUUCCUUUUGUGUGUAUAUAUAAAUUAUAUAUUAAAAAUCACUUUCUAUUA